AUGCAGCCAGACGCUGUCUCCUGGGUCCCACAGGAGUGGCCAGGGCCCGCGUGGAAGCUAAGAGCUUGGAUUUCCGGCAACAGAGGGCCAUCCCCAUGGGAAGGGGGAGAAAUUCUGGCCCUCUCCCCCAAAGAACUCUACCCACCCCCGCCCCAGCCGGCAGCUCCAGCUGCCUCCCUGAGUCUCGACCGACCAGGAGUGGGACGGGAGGCUGAGGCUCUGCUCCGCCGGAGAGCUGCUUUUCGGAUGUGUUUGGGCGCUUCUGGGGAAAUCCAAGCCUUAGGUUCCCUCUGUCUCUGGCAGUUGGAUGUUUUCCUGGUGUCCUCCAUGUCCUUUUUGACUUUCCCCUGUGUCCAUUGUUAG